GAAGGGGCGCAGGUGGCCGCCAUCUUGAAUUGCGAACCUGGUCGCUGCUCUCCACGCUAGGGGCGGGAGUGGCGACGCCCCUGUUACCUGCAGCAGACGCCGCAGUCGGGGGCUGGGAAGUCGGGGCCCGGGUUAGUGCCACAUUAAUGGAUGCCAUGGCUAGUCCAGGGAAAGAUAACUACAGAAUGAAAAGUUAUAAGAAUAAAGCUCUAAAUCCUCAAGAGAUGCGUAGACGAAGAGAAGAAGAAGGAAUACAGCUUCGAAAACAGAAGCGGGAAGAACAGUUGUUCAAACGCAGAAAUGUCUCUUUGCCCAGAAAUGAUGAAGCUAUGCUAGAAAGUCCUAUCCAAGAUCCGGAUAUCAGUUCCACUGUACCUGUUCCAGAGGAAGAAGUUAUUACCGCAGAUAUGGUUCAGAUGAUUUUUUCUAAUAAUGCUGAACAACAACUAACAGCAACACAGAAAUUUAGAAAGCUCCUUUCUAAAGAACCUAAUCCACCAAUAGAUCAAGUUAUACAGAAGCCAGGAGUUGUACAGAGAUUUGUGAAAUUUCUUGAAAGAAAUGAAAAUUGUACUUUACAAUUUGAAGCUGCAUGGGCGUUAACUAAUAUAGCAUCUGGAACUUUUCUACAUACUAAGGUAGUGAUCGAAACUGGAGCUGUUCCAAUUUUCAUCAAACUUCUUAAUUCAGAGCAUGAAGAUGUUCAGGAACAGGCUGUUUGGGCACUUGGUAAUAUUGCUGGUGACAAUGCAGAGUGCAGAGAUUUUGUUUUGAAUUGUGACAUACUUCCACCUCUUUUAGAGUUAUUAACAAAUUCAAACAGACUUACAACAACCAGAAAUGCUGUGUGGGCCCUCUCAAAUUUAUGUAGAGGCAAAAACCCUCCUCCAAACUUCAGUAAGGUUUCACCCUGCUUAAAUGUCCUGUCACGAUUAUUGUUUAGCAGUGACCCAGAUGUAUUAGCAGAUGUGUGUUGGGCCCUUUCUUAUCUGUCCGAUGGACCCAAUGAUAAAAUUCAAGCAGUCAUUGAUUCUGGAGUUUGUCGAAGAUUGGUGGAACUUUUGAUGCACAAUGAUUAUAAAGUUGUAUCACCUGCAUUAAGAGCAGUUGGUAAUAUUGUGACUGGUGAUGAUAUUCAAACACAGGUAAUUUUGAAUUGCUCUGCAUUACCCUGUCUCUUACAUUUAUUGAGUAGCCAAAAGGAGUCAAUUAGAAAAGAAUCCUGCUGGACUGUUUCUAACAUCACUGCUGGAAAUAGAGCUCAGAUCCAGGCCGUUAUAGAUGCAAAUAUUUUUCCUGUUUUGAUUGAGGUUCUUCAGAAAGCAGAGUUUCGCACCAGAAAAGAAGCAGCUUGGGCUAUAACUAAUGCAACAUCAGGAGGCACUCCAGAACAAAUAAGGUAUUUGGUAGCCUUAGGCUGCAUUAAACCACUUUGUGACCUUUUGACUGUUAUGGACUCUAAAAUAGUCCAAGUGGCCUUAAAUGGACUUGAAAAUAUUUUACGUCUUGGAGAACAAGAAUCUAAGCAGAAUGGAAUAGGCAUUAAUCCAUACUGUGCUCUCAUUGAAGAAGCAUAUGGUCUGGAUAAAAUUGAAUUUCUACAAAGCCAUGAAAAUCAGGAAAUUUACCAAAAGGCUUUUGAUCUGAUCGAACAUUACUUUGGUGUAGAAGAAGAUGACCCCAGCAUUGUACCUCAGGUGGAUGAAAACCAACAACAGUUUGUAUUUCAGCAGCAAGAAGCACCAAUGGAAGGGUUUCAACUUUAACUUGGUGGGAGAAAAAUUAAUAGCUAAAAAGGGUAGCUUCAGAUAUCUUCUCUUUGUUGCAAUGUUAGUAGGAAUGUUUGAUGUGUUUUAUGUAGAACAGAAAAGAAGGAAGUUGAUGCACUUUUAAAAAGCGAAAGUUUUCAUUCAGAUGCAACCUUUCAUUAUAGUUUUGUUUUUAAUUUGAUGUGCUUGUAUUUAUGUCUUUUAUCGUUUUAUCUAUUUUUUGUAUCUAUUUGUGAGCAAUUAAAUACAUUAUGUGAAAUUAUUUAAUAUCUUAAGCUUGAAAAGGAGAACUUUGAUUAAGUAUUACACAAUUGUUCUUAAUUUUUUCUAGCAUUCUUGGAAACUGCACAUUAGCAGUACAGCUAUUGAUAAUUGCAUUUUGGCAGUAAGUCUGACAUGCCCAAUUUCUACUAAAUCUACCUCUAUCUUGAAGCAAAAACAAAACAAAAAAGCUUCAGAAGCAUGAAAUAGUGUAAAAGCUAAAUUAGAAUGUGAACAUAUUUAUUACCUUAAAUUAUAAAUCACUGUGCUGUAGGUUAUACUUUCCAAAAAAAAAAGAUGACAACAGAAAACCUGUAAAACUUAUUUAUAAAAUGUAGAAGAAAUAUUGUACUGAUAAUCAAUUAAAAUGUGGCAAUUGUGAAGAGAAAGCUCUUCUUCAUGUUGAACACAUUAAAAUGAUUACACAACAUUUAAAUAUUUGUGUUUUUAACAUAUAAAUGCUAUUAUAUUAGUAUAUUUUGUAUUUCAACCAAAUAUGCUACCAUUUUUGAAAUAGUUUUAUUAUUUUUUCACUCUUCAUUUUAAAAAGCAUCAUGAUAGAGAUGCCAUCAUGAAUCUAAAAUAGUGCUGCAUAGCAAAAAAAUACUGUAAUUCUUUGUCUGAUUUUUUCAGAGCAGUAAUUGAAAAGUUUCACUUUCUUGUAGUAAUGAACUUAGGUACUUGAAUGGCAAAAUUAUCCUGAAGAAAUCACCAUCUUAUGUGUUAAAUUUUAUUAAAUCUACUUAAUGUUUGGACACUAAAGGAUGAUAUUAAUGAAAAUUGUUAAGGAUUCUUUAAUAUGGUUGCGAUCUAUACAUUCAUGGUCCACAUAACAACAUUUUGGUCAGUGAUGGACUGCGUAUACAAUGGUGGUCCCAUAAGAUUAGUACCGUAUAGCCUAAGUGUGUAGUAGGCUAUACCAUAUAGGUUUGUGUAAAUACACUCUAUGAUGUUUGCACAAUGACAGAAUUGCCUAACGACACAGUUCUCAGAACAUAUUCCUGUCAUUCAGCGACGCAUGACUGUAUUAUGAAUUUUUGGUUUUGGUAAUACUCAGAGGAUCAUAAUGCUGCUUGUUAUCACUGUAUUAAAUUACAUUUGUAUCAGAUUGGUCAAUAUAAUGUGUGUAUUUUAUGUAUUAACAGCAAAAACCUCUUCAAACUGUGAAACUCUAAAAAAAGUUUCUAUAGAAAAAUUAUAUAUUUAUUUAUAGAUACAUGUAUAUGCAUGUGUCUAUGUGUUAUUCUCACAGUACUAUACUUGGUAGAGUUUUCUAAGCAUAUAUGGUACUGUUAAACUCAGUCUUUUCAUUUAUACUUACAUGCAGGCUAUUUACAUUUCCAAUUAUAUACGUAAAAUAAUUAUUUAAAAUUAGUUUACAGCUGUUUUAAGAUGGGAACUAAAGCAUUUUUGAUAUGACUCAUAGUCUAUUCUGUAAAGAAAGAUUUCAUUUAUGAUAGCAUUUAUAAUGUUUCUGCUGGAAAUCAGAGGCAUGUUACAAAAAGAAAAUGUAUAUAGAAAUACUUUUAAAUAAUGUGACACUUUGUAAAUUAUAUAUCAUGAAACUAAGCUUUUGGCAAGACACUUAAAACCUACAGCGAUAAAAUACAGGUUUAAAUGGUGUCAUAAUGCUGACUGCAUCUGCCAAACCUCUUUUAUAUCGUUAAGUCGAGGACUGUGUCUGUGCCCUUUUUAUUGUAGUGGAAGUUUUGAAGCUUACUAUAAAAAUUUUCCUUUUGCAUUAUGUAUGUUCAAAAGAACAGGGUAGUUAUAUUAAAGAUUACCAAAUUGAUGGUGAAUUUAUCAGAUAAAUGCUUUUUUGUGGUGCAGAUGGUUCUAAGUAUCAGGUGACAGGGUAUUCCACUCUUUGUAAUCAAUUGAACUUGAUAAUGCCGCAUAAUUCAUAAACUAACCAGCUGUGCCUGCUUUUAUUUUGAGGACCCUGUAGUCACAUUAAUAAAUCUCUAAGCCAAGUCUUUCAAACAAAAUAGUUCUUAGAGAAGGAAAAGUAUGUGUGUGUGCAUACACACACAUAUAAAGAAUGACUUCUGAGGGGAGAAUUUUUUAAUUUUUGCCAGUAAAACAAAUGUUAUAUCUCUAAGUACAGGAUAUGACCAUGUUUUAAGCAUUUAAAUAUAAAAUUAUAGUUAAUUUCUUGGAUCUGUUACUUGGGAAAUUAAUUUGAUUAGACUUCAAUGCAAGGGACAAUAUCUAAUAGUUGGGACUACCUGUUGGUGUGGUGAUGACUUUAUUGAACCAAGACUAGCAAAUACUUUGUUCUUAAGAUUUUUCUUUUAAGUACGACUACUCUUUUCAAAUGUACUAUUUAAAAUGCUCCAAAAUGUAUUUUCGUUAAUCGUCACUGACCCUUGCAGAAAAAAGUUUUAACUUGCUUUCCUAAGAUUUUACUAUAUUUAAAUCCAAGAGUAAAUGUGCCAAAAAAAAUGUAAUCACAUUGUAAAGGGGAAUGCAUGCAAUAUUAAUGCAAAAAUCAAGAAAAUACUUGAAAGUUCUUUUCAUUUAUUUAAUUUGAUGUUUUGUCUGAAUUUGAAUUUUUACUAGUUAAUCUAUGCAAUUAUGCUUACUUACUUUAUAUUUGUAAGUACUUGACUCACUGGCCUGGUUUUUUUACUGUGUUAUUUUGAAAGAUUGUUCUAGAACUUAAUGUUUAGUGUCGUUUUGUUCACUUACUGGUAGCACCAGAACAAGAAAGCAAAAAAAAAAGGUAAUAAAAUCUGCUGGCACAGAAAUAACAUAUCAUUUGGUAACUGUAAAACCUGUUUGCUGUUAAAGGUUGAUUUGUUGGAUAAAUGACUAAAAGAAGCAUUACCUUUGCCUUCCUACUUUUUCUUCUCUUAAGAAGGAGCAUUAUGGAAAAAGUAACUAUAAAACAAAGUCUUAGUGGGUUUUUGUUGCUGUUCUGAGUUCAGCAAUCUACUGGCUGCUUUGUGAAACUGUGAAAUCAAAGUAAUUGUUGUCAACCUUUACUCAUUUUAGUUCAUAGUAUUACUGUUUAUGAAAUGUGACAUAAUAGGAGUCAAAAUGAUAGGGCUCUGAAAGGAUAAUGCAUCUUUAAAUUCUGAUUGGGAAGUGGGGUGAGGGGUGGCUAUUCUUGCCUAAUUAAAUUAACCAGUAUUUGACCAGUAUGCAAUAUUAUGAAAUGUUACAGCACUAUAUUAAAAAUAAUAAAAUACUAUUUUACAAUUGCAUUUAUAUAAAUGUGUCUAUUUCAUUUGUUCUCUCUUGUGAUUGUGUAUUUCUAAUGGAGCAAAAACAGAUGCCCUGAUUGAUUAAAAUUCCA